AGCUUAUUGUUGUGCCAAAAAUUGUCUAGUCAAGUAAUUUCUGGAUGUAUGUUUUCUGAGCUCAAAACAAAGUUUCUCAAUGCUCAAUAUGAUUAGAUCUCGUUAUGUAUAUUUACGAUGUAGUACAGUUACCUAUAUUUCAGAAGAGACUAGGACGAAAAAAUGGCGCGAGUUGAUUUAUUUCUCCUCCUGGCCUUGGUGACCCAAACCUGGGCCUUGUAUUCAAGUGGAGACGCCGUAGUUGAUCUCACUCCUGCUAACUUUGAUAAACAGGUGAUAAACGGUGACGGAGUGUGGAUAGUUGAAUUCUACGCUCCCUGGUGCGGACAUUGUAAAAAUCUAGUUCCGGAAUACAAGAAAGCAGCCAAAGCACUCAAGGGAGUUGUCAAGGUUGGCGCGGUGAAUGCUGACGAGCACAAAUCCCUGGGAGGACAAUAUGGAGUUCAAGGUUUCCCCACUAUCAAGAUAUUUGGCGCCAACAAGAAGAAGCCUGAGGAUUACAACGGGAACAGGAAUGCCCAGGGGUUUGUAGAUGCUGGUCUUGCUGCAGCUAAGAAGCUGGUCAAUGCUCAACUCGGUGGAAAAUCCAGCGGAGGUGGUGGAGGAAGCAAGAAUGCUAAUGCUGGUCCGGGAGAAGGUAAAGAUGUUGUAGAACUUACUGAAGCUAACUUUAAGAAGAAGGUUUUCAACAGUGAUAAGGGUUGGUUGGUUGAGUUCUACGCCCCCUGGUGUGGACAUUGUAAGAGUUUGGCCGGACCUUGGGCAGAUGCUGCUUCACAGCUUAAAGGAAAGAUGAACCUUGGAGCCCUGGAUGCAACCCAACACCAGAGUGUAGCACAAGAAUACGGAGUACAGGGAUACCCAACCAUCAAGUACUUUGCUCCGGGUAGCUCAGAGCCUGAGGAAUAUAACGGCGGAAGAACUGCUAGUGAUAUAGUUGCCUGGGCGGAGGAAAAGGCAGCUGAGAACGUGUCUCCGCCAGAGAUAAAGCAGAUUCUAUCUGAUGCUGAUGUUGAAGAAGGUUGUGGGGAACACCCUCUUUGUGUGAUUGCGUUUCUGCCUCAUAUCCUUGAUUGUCAGGCUAGCUGCCGUAAUGCAUUCCUUGAAGACCUCCGGAAGCUGGGAGACAAAUACAAGAAGAAGAGCUGGGGUUGGCUCUGGUCCGAGGCUGUUGCUCAACCUGACCUCGAGGCCUCCGUUGACGUCGGAGGAUUUGGAUACCCAGCCAUGGUUGUUGUCAGUCAAAAGAAGAUGAAGUACUCAAUUCUGACGGGAUCCUUCGGGUUCGACGGGAUCAACGAGUUCCUAAGGGAUCUCAGCUAUGGCAAGGGAAGAACCAACCCUGUCAGAGGAGCUCAGAUGCCUAAGAUCUCUAAGGUGGAUGCUUGGGAUGGAAAGGAUGGAGAACUACCUGCUGAGGAGGACCUUGAUCUUAGUGACGUAGAUCUAGACAAGGAUGAACUCUAAACACAGGAAUGCAGAAAUUUUUAAGUCUGUUUUGAGGACAAAACUUUUUACUGAAGAUUGGUGACAAACACGACACUUUUUUGUGACGCGUCGUUGUUUGACAGACGACCAAGUGUCCAAGGCUCAAAGACGGUGCUAUAUCUGUUGCCGCAAAUCUCGUCAAAAAGUGUGAUAAUAGUGAACGCUGCAUGUCUUCUUUAUACGCACGAUAUCUUCUUAAUCAAUUAAUAUUGUGGUUUUAUCAAUUAUUAAUCCUAUUAAAUAUAAUGAAAAAAUGCCAUUUAAUAUGUAAUUAAUUAAUUUCCUGCGCUUGAGUUUAGUUUUAAGUUGUUUGAAUGUUACAGA